GUAGCCUUUGUAUUGCGAUAAUUAUCGAAUGAUUUGUAACCUAAUUUUCGGAUAAUUCGGACAACAUUUAUAGAAAUACGUUUACAAAGAAAAUCGUCUACGAUGUUUAAGAAGCCAUUCCGAGUAAAGUCGCAGACUUCCAUGAAAGGAUCAGAUAGAAAGAAAGUGCGAGUUGAAAUACAGAAAUCAUUUUCAAACCUGAGUGUCGAAGACGUUAAUACAAUUAUCCCUAACAAAGAGGACGUGAGCUCUGUGAAGAUACACACCAAUACUGGAGAGAAUGCUUUCAUAUACUGCGUGAAUAAACAGCCGCUGCUGUUUGAACUGGACAAGCAGAAAGUGCUUUACCCCACCGUUUAUCUGCUGUGGCGCUACCCAGAUCUUAUGGAAAGAUUUACCACUUGGCCGCCAGUCUUCAAGAAACUUGUGGAUGGAGCAGAUCUGAUGCUGCCUGGGCUGGUGUUGCGCCUUCCACUGACACCAGGGUCCUUCAAACACGUGGAGAAGGGACAGGUGUGCUCUGUGAACGUUGUCGGAAACAGGUGCCCCAUAGUUGUUGGAACCACUCUCCUGUCUGGGAGUGAUUUCUUCGACUCGGGGAUGAGAGGAAAGGGGAUUCACCCUGUACACCUGUAUGGGGACGAGCUAUGGGCCUUUGGAGAUAGAUCGAAACCCCCAGAAGUAGAAGAUGACCCUUUACGAGAGGAGUUGUAUGGGAACCAUGAGCAAGGACAUGAACCUACUGAACCAUCAGAUGGAACUGGGGAAGUGGAAAGAGUUGAGGCAGCUGAUAACAAUAUUUAUGAAGCUAAGGCUGAUAAUGUUAUUGAACCAUCACAUAAAACUGGUAAACUGGACAGAGAACUGGCAACUGAUAACAGUGUUCAUGAAGUAAAUGCUGAAAUUGUUGGUGAGGAUUCUGUAGAAGGUGAAGUUAAUGAGACUGAGGCUGAAAUGACAGAGAGUGUACAAGGCAUUCAUGAUGAAAAUAUGGCAGAAAAUUGGGUGGAAGAACACAAUGGUGAUAAGAAAAGCGGUCUUGGGGAUAGUAAUGCUUCAGAGAGUGGAUGUGGUGAUGAGGAUAUUGUUGAAGGUACUGAACAGUUGACUUUGGGUUCAGAAGUGGAAACUCCACAAUCAAUGAGUACAGUGGAGACAGAUGAGCUCCUGGAGUUUUGUUUCCUGUGUUCAAUCAAGGCCUCAUUGAAGAAGACUGAUCUCCCCCUUGCGACUGGAACGUUCUACAAGAACCACAUGCUCAAAUACUGUCCAAAAGGAAAAUACCUGGAUAUCAAGAAAUCUUCAUAUAAAAAGCUGUCGAAGUUUCUUCAAAAGCAACAGAAGUCGGGUAUAAUAUUGGUCAAGGAGGUGACCAAGGGCGUUGAUGCAGUAGUGGAGAUUGACAAAUCACACGAGCUUUUACGUGGUCUAGAGGUCCCAGAGGUGGUUGUUCAGGAAACUGGUGCUUCGUCGAAGGACUCAUUCAAGCCGCCUCAGAUAUCGGAGAUGUUUGCAGUCACAGCUAACAUACUCCCCCUUGUCAAAGGCUUUGGAUACAACAAAGGCAGUACCCUCAAAAGUGCUGACCUAAGAACAGCCUUAGUGGAAUAUGUGAAACAAAACAACUUGCAGAGUGAAACUAAUAAAGGAGAGGUAGUGCUGGACCCAUUGCUUGCGGAAAUCUGUCUGACCAGGGCAGAAGGGGACAAGUCGACCUUGAGAUGGGAGGAGGUCACAUCAAGGGUGUUGAACAAGAUGAGCCCAGUGUUCCAGAUAGAGUUUCCAGACCGCCCGCCCCUGGUCAGAAAGGGGAAAGUGGAGCCAAUUACCAUUGAUGUGGUACAGAGGGCAGCAAACAAAAAGGCCACAAUAAUUGAGAACCUGGACAUCUAUGGGAUAGAUGCAAAGGAGUUUGGUCACCGGGUUCAGGUCAAGGUCGCGUGUAGCGCCACGGUGAACCCCUCACAGCAGAAGAACAAGGGGCCACAGGUUGUCGUGCAGGGCAAUCAGGUGCAUCAUGUGGCAGAACUUUUAUCAGAUGUGUACAAGAUUCCCAAGAAGUACAUCAAAGGCACCGAGAAGGCUCCUAAAAGAAGAUGAUGUGGAUUAUGUUGAUCUGGAUGAUCAUAUGUUACAUAAUAAUUAAUAAAAUACUCCAAACUGA